AUGGAUGAGUGGUGGGAAGAGAUUGACAUGACAGACAAAUUAGACCAACAACAAAGACGACACGCUGAAAUUAAUGAAAGCGAAAUUGAAGACAUCGAAAAGUCUAGAAAUGAGGUGAAUACUCAUAAACAGACUAUGUGGUCUGUUUUCGGUCCUGGUGUGCCGAAAAAGCAAUGUGGGACAGCGGACAGAUCAAUAGGUCCUUGUGUUUGUGCAGCAUCCAGUGUGUGUACGCCCUCCACCGUAUGUGCCUCGUCCAGAGCCUGUGCCCCAUCCAGCGUGUGUGCACCCGCCAAUACUGCACCAUCCAGUGUGUGUGCGACCUCCAACACUACACCAUCCAGUGUGUGUGCCACGUCCAGCGUAUGUGCGUCCUCCACCACAUGUGCCCCAUCCAGCGUGUGUGCACCCGACAAUACUGCACCAUCCAGUGUGUGUGCGCCCUCCAACACUACACCAUCCAGUGUGUGUGCCACGUCCAGCGUAUGUGCGUCCUCCACCACAUGUGCCCCAUCCAGCAUGUGUGGACCCGCCAAUACUGCGCCCUCCACUGUGUCUGCGCCAUCCAGUGUGUGUGCCUCUAGUGUUCAAUGCUUAACAACUCGCAGUACAUCCUAUCAAACAGUCAUUACACUGUCCAACAGCACUCCUGCCACAUCAACCCAAACCACUUGUAACCCAAAAAUACUCAAAUCAAGGCCCAAAAGGACCACAUGCACAUUCUGUAAUAUGAUUGUGAACAAGAAAAACAUCAAAAUACACAUUCAAAGACGUCACUCAUCAACAAGUACAGAUAUAACGGCAAAUCGCCAUCUUCUAUCCCAAUGCAUAGAUCGUAAUAAGGGCAUUUUUGCUGUGCAAAGAUCUUUUUCUGGUUUUGGAAACCCCAUACAUGUGCAGAAAUGCACCUGGGGAAAUGACCAUCAUGUGAGCUGCGAGCUAGAUCAAUGCAAACGAGCUUCUGAAUUUUCUAGAAGAAGUGGAUUGAUGGGGUUUCAAUGCAUCCAUUUAAAGUCUUUAACUUACUGUCCUGUAUCAUCAGUACCAGACAUCACACUGAAAGAAGAAGUUCUGGCAGAUAUGGUGAGGAAGAAGUGGAUUUCUGAUAACACAAAGAAAAUAUGUAUCGCUAGAAAGCUAAAAGCAGAGUCUGAGAGCUGCCUACUGAGUAAAGAGGUCUCAUUAGGCAAUGGAACGUCAAAAAUAUUUGUGUCAGUCCUUGAAACAUUCACCUCAUAUUACUCUCGGUUAGGGAGAGUGAUGGUUUGUUUCGACAAAAAAAUAAAUACUUGGCACUGCCCAUGCUCCAAGCCAAGGAAUUCUUGUGCGCAUAAGUCCAUUGCAAAAUGGCACUUAAACCAAACUCGACCUGAACUCUUCCUAAAAGUCAGAAGUACAGACAGUGAUGUGUUUGAAACAUUUGCAGAAUCUUGUCGUCGAGAUGUCGACAAUGAUGAGGAAUGUAUUCUAUAUCCACCUGAAGGGAAUGCUUUGACUCCAAUUGUCCUUUACUUGCUGAACAACAAGAAAUUGCCAGCUGUUCUGCCAAAAGAUGUUUGUUCACCACAGAACAUGGAGACACUGCCCAAGCAUCUCAUUCCACUUGAGACCUUUUGCACUAAUCACACUGCAGUUGGCAGGGCCUUAGACAUCUUGGAACAGACAAACAAAAAAAAAUAUCCAAACCAUGACUCCCUUCUUCAUGGUUAUAUUCACUUUGAGGCACUGACAGCACAUAAUUACAAUUUUUCCUGUGUGCACUGUGGCAUCCAUCCACCGGUUGUUAUAAUGGACUUGCAUAAGAAGGGAGUUUUUUGCAUGCCAGUGAGUGAUAUCGAGAAUCCCCCGCCAGAGUUUGAAGGUCAUGUUGAUAUUGAAGAAUUCUGGCGAUCUGUUGACCAAGAAAUUAUUUGCAGAGGCUUUUUACAGAGCAACGUUGAGAAUCCAUUUAAAGUUUCACCUUCCUAUGCAAAAUGGGCACCUUGGAUUGGGCCUCUCACCAGAGCCAGCAGUAAAGUACUCAACACUGAGUAUGCCAAACUCACUACAUAGAAGUCUGUUUCAGAACAGGUAGACAUUGACAUUGCAGAAGAACGCCUGUCAAGUGAACUGAUGAACUUAAAGGUUGAUGUUUUGAGGAAACUUGUAAAAGAAUGUGGUGUUGAUUCAAAGGGCUCCAAAAUGGAUCUUCUCCUCCGUUUAAGGGAGGAGAUGAAAACAAGGAGCACUUAUGACAAAGUGUUUCAAAAAGUUUGGGGAGCAUCUGGAGGCUGGGCAGUGAUAAUGUGUCCUUGUGGCAUUGUAAACUCUGUCAAAUUUAACAUAAGAGCUGAAAGCCCACGUGAUUUUGCAGACAUGUUGUUGUCAUUCAAACAUUUCCCAAACAUCGUAAUCUAUGAUUUUGCACGAGGAUUAGUAACUCAUACCAACCUGCGGGAACCAGAUAGACUUCCCUUUAGUCCGUAUGAAGGAAGAGUGGCUGCAGCUACCGCAGAGAAUAUAUCAACUGCCAAGAAAGGAGAACUGAAAAGGAACUUGCCAUGGUUGCACCUCAAAAAAGCCCCACCUGAUCUUAAUGGUCAUCCUGUAACUGGUUCUGCUGAACACUGUGCAUUGUAUGACACCUUUCAUCAGUACAACACAAAAGAUGAAAAGGAUGCUCUUAGACUAAUUGGACUUGUGCCUGAGCUAUGUGGGUGGAUCAACUACCAGACUGCAGAGCAGCUGUUCUCUUGCAUGCGAAAGAACAACUAUUUCAUGAACUCUCUCUCCCCAUCAAGCCACAUCUUCCUUAUGCGUAACAUUUUACAUCACCACAAUGAUAGAGUUAACCAGCAGGAACUGCAGAAGUUAAAACAAGUUACUUAUGGAGAGAUCACCCUUGAUGCACAAGGAAAAGCCAGUUUGGUGGAUGCAAAUGGCCCUGCAGACAUGGACAUGGCAACCCACUGUGGGGAGCAGUGUGAGGCUUUGACUACGAAAUCAAACCUCAGGCCUUGUCGUGCUUCAUGGACACUAGGAGUGAAUCAUCCCCUUCGAGAGAAAUUGGUGAACUAUGUACUGGAUAAGGAAAGACCAAUGAAUGAAAUAAUCAUAAAAGAUGGUCAGACGUGCCUCACAAGAGAAAACCUUGUUACACUGGGACUAAGAAAGGAAAUGGAUUCAAUGGUCGGAAAUGCUUGCUUCAGGCUAGUCAAAGAAGUAAUUCAGCAGCAGGGGAAAGAUAUUUAUGUUGAAGAUCUCCAUACUCCACCAACUUGGCUCCUGCCUUUAUCUUGUGAUCCUCUCCUCAGUCUUCCAGUACUGCCAACAAUUGUUAGAGACCUGCAGACAGCAUGGAAUUGGGUGCAGAGCCACAAAGACCUGUUCAUUGAGGAGGUGACGGAGCCUGCCUUUUUGCGGAUGAGUUCCAACGAACAAGAAGAUGCACUCAAGAAGGUCCUGGAGGCGGCUGGCACGGAGACCAUUUACACCAACCUCUGCCUGCGAAGCACGACGGUACAAAAACUGUCUGAUGCCGGCCUGGAGGCUUUCGCCUCCACUCCUCUUCGCGUCGUGCCUAACAACGCCCCUUAG